CCUAAAGUCAAUUUGUUUUGUUUGGAAUUUUAGGUGAGGAAACAAAAGAGAUCGAUAUGUUUAAGAUUGAACUAUUUAUUAUGUGUCUACUUUCAAUGCGAAUCUUCUAUUUUGCACAAGUUCAGAAAAACUACAUUAGUUAAGGUGGAUAUUUAAAUAGUGGAGGGAAUUUUCUGCCCAGCCUGCCAUACCGACAUGAUUGUUUAUUUGACGCGGGGAAUUCGAAAUUAAAUUGUUUAAAAUAUUUAUUAUGUUGAUAAUUAAUGCAGUUGGAUUGAAUUGUUACACAUUACAAAGCAAUUUACAACUCACUAUCUUCGAAAAAAAUUAAAACUGCCCUAACCGAUGUCCAUUUUGCGUGUAAAGCGAUGAAUGGAAAAGUGAAUGAACUUUUUAUGAAACCGACCGAGCUACCGUCAACAUCAUCAAAUUUUGACCACGGGACGUUGUGGAAAACGGGUCCCCAGUUACGUUAAAUCGGUGCAGUCAGUAGAUGAAAACGCCGAAAUUCCUUGAUUUCACCAUGUCGUGAACAUGAACGGGCUGUGUUGGCGUUGCGGCAGUGAAAAACGGCAUUUCGCUUACGGUGUGGCAGGGAAAAGGGCCGACCGAGUGUCAGCAGGUGGAUUAGAGUGGGCUGUGAAAAUGAGACCGAUCAGCAGGGCUGGAAUGCGAUGAGAUGCACAUAUCGGAAGCGGUACAGUUUCGGUCGCAGCCCGAGAACAUCUUGACAAAAUGUACAAAAAUGACAGAGGAGGGGCACACAGGGAUGAAUGGAACCGCUGACAGGGGGAUCAAGGAGGAGUGUCACAAGGCGAACUAUGGACAAGGGGGCCGACUCAAGUUCUUCAAAGAUGGCAAGUUUAUAUUGGAGCUGGAGAGGGCAAGAGAGGGUGAAAGGGUAUCAUGGGUUUCUGUGCCUAGGAAAACAUUCUGGCCUCCUACAGGGACUGCUUCAAAUACCCCAGCAUACAGGCAGGAGAGCAGCACAUCACUCAGUGUAUCCGACGACAACAGCUCGAUCCAAUCCUCGCCAUGGCAACGGGACCACUCGUGGAAGCAGCCCACUCCUGCUAAAGGCAUCAGCCAAGAGUUGGCGCUGUUCUGGUGGCGACCUCGUAAGGCAGGCCGACGUUGCCGCGGUCCAGGCAAUCGUAAACGGCGGCGGCCGCUGUCCAGGGGGCCUCCGGAGGUAGAGCACGUGCACGUCAAGAGGGAGGUUGAGCAGAUGCAUGUCAAGAAGGAGCCUGGAGUGGGCAAGAAGUCAUUGCUGGUGGUUGUGCAGAUGCUGCUUGAAAGGAAUUUCAGGACUAGCUCAUCUCCACGCUCAGAAAUGGUGGUAUCGCCUAGGAAACGGUUUUUGCGCGAAAUGGAAAAGGAUAAAAUGCAAGUGGAUGAUACCAACUGUUUGAAAAGGAGUAGAAAUAAGCCACAGACGAAUAUGUCCUCUCCCCCAUCGGUGAAUACAGGUGCCGCGUCCCCUUCUCAUCCUAUCCACCCCCCAGUAUUGGCCACGUCUAUCUCAACGAACGGUGAUAGUACUCCAAAGCAUGCGAUGGCUUCUCCUUCUCAAAGGAGCAGCAACUGCAGCUACAGCAUCACCUCGUUGCUCGGAGAAGAUAGGCCACCCUUGAAAAGGUCCUCCCCACCCAAUGGAGAUAUCCGUGAAGCCAAAUUCAGCCCGCCAGUGCAUCGUCCCCCUUCCGUGUCUUCAGGUGGCCACCCGUACUACUGCCCUCCACCACAGCCAGAAGAUAGGUGGUACUUGGAUAGCGUGGACCAUCGUUUGAGGUCAAUUGAAUUAUCGCAGGUGGAGAAGCACGCAAGCGGCCCAUACCCCUCUUCUCCCCAGCACCACCACCACGCCGCCUCCCCGUACCACCACCACUUGAGCCCAGCUGCAGCCGCCGCCGCCGCGUACAUGUACCCUUUCGCCCCUACGUCAGCUGCUGCCGCCGCCGCCGCUGCUGCAGCGGCUGCCGCCUUCUACGGCGCGUACGGCAGGGGGUACGUAGCGCCGCCUCCGCCACCGCCCCAUGCGAGCAUGUACCACCACGCGCCGCCCCCGCAUCCGCACCAUCAUCACCACAGGCCGCCUCCCGCAGCAUCAUGGGUCGCGCAGCAGCGGCAGAGUCCACAGGCAGAGAGGCAGCAGGCGCCGGCGGCUGUCGAGGUCAAGGACGAGCCCGUCACGGAUAUGCCACUGAACCUUUCGAAACAUUCUGGUUGAAGCGUGCCUUCCAAAAUAUCGAACAAAUCGAUAUAGAAAUAUAUUUUUUCUAAUCUAGAACAAAGCAAGAGUUGAUAAAGAUUGCACCGUAGUGUAAGGAUUGGUAGGGUAUUUAUCUUGGAAAAUGAAUGACUGAUUUUAUUAUUAUAUAACUUUUGAAAAAGUAUUGUGAAUUUCAAUCUACAAAAAAUGGUUUUACAUAAAAACGUGCUUAGCAUUUAAGCGAUUGAAACGUGCAAUUGAUGAUUUCUACAAAGAUGAGAUCUGUAGAUGAAAAAAUGUAUAUAACAAUAUCUGAUAUUUUGUAUAAACCUGUUUUGUAUUAUUACAAGUAAAAGAAAAAGGUAUUUACUUAAAAUCAGCAUUAAAAGAUAUAUCACAACCUGUAUAUAUAACGCUGCUGUACAUAUUAUGUGAAACAUAUCAUUCACUAUUUAUUUAGACAGACUUUUUUUUAUUAUUUACAUAUUUAUUACCAGACAUAUUUCCCCAGUGUAAUUUUAUGGAAGGGAUGGCAAAUUUAUAGUAAUUGAUAUUUCAUGUUUUAUUAGAUUGUGCCUUGUCUCUUGCUGUUACUGUUUUAACUCAUGCGAAAGUUGUCGAUAAAAGUUUUUGGACAACAUUUAACAACACAGUAAAUGCUUCUUGAUGCUUACAACGAACAACAUCAUUUAUAUGAAGAAGUGUAAACCGUUCUUCAGUAUAUACAGUGAGAAAAUUGACAGUAAAAGGUUAAGGCAGAUUUAAUAUUUAGAUAUGUGGAAAAAAGUCCGUAGAAACAUGGAACCAGAAAUUUCCGAUUUUCCAAAUUUGUACACAACUGGUUUUUGAUUUCCUUUUAUGUUCUGAAUAAAUUAAUUUUUGAACGAUGCGUUUGUAGAUUCAAUUUGCCUUUGAGAUCCUGAAUCUAGUUCCAGAAUUUUUUUGCAUAUGUCAAUGUGACCUUUGACAAUACAUUUGCUUGUACCAAAGCUUAUCUCAAUCUAUUUUCGAAAAAUGCAUUUUCGGGCGCGUAUAAUUAAUGAUAAACACGGUUAUUUUUUCAUUUUCAUUAUAAAUUUUUCACCCUUCCCGUAUAUUUUUAGACAAUGAUAUGCAUUGAUAGCUAUUGUUUUUUAUAUACAGUUUGAUCAGAAAUCAAUUUUUGGAAAGUUCCUUCAUAAUGUUGGAAAAGGAUACCAAUAUAUCUGUAAAUACAUUAGUUAUUAUAUAUAUAUGCGUGAAAGUUUUCUACCAUUAAAAGUAACAAUGUAUAAAAGCAAGUAUAUUUUCAUAUUGCGAAACCCAUAUAUAGAAAAGAUGUACUCUUUAAAAGACAAUAGAUAGGUGUUAGUGUUUACACAUACUUUCCUUAAGGACUCUUUAUUUAUAGUCAUUUGUGUAUUAUUUAAUAUGUAGUUUUCUACUAUUGUGCCAUCCGCUGCUAAUACUGUUUCCAAACUCCAGAUAAUAUAGCACAUAUAAUUUUCUUCAAAAUUGCGAUAGGUAGUCGUUAUACAUACUCUUGACGUUACAUAUUUUUAAUCUGAUUCAAUUAAUAACAGCCAGACUGACGGAAAUGGGUGAUAAUGAUUUUUAUGAGAUGCAGAAAUAAAAUACUGAAAUUGGCAACACAAACAAAUAUUUUGAAACCUAAUUAUAUAUGUUAAUUUUCUGUCUGUUAAAAGAAUAUUUUUUAAUGCUGUGUAAGUACGCAAAACCAUAUAAGUGAACGAUACUUAUUUUUCAAACAUGCUUUGUUGUCUGGAGUGACUUUGAUCGUCGUCGCUUGCGUCAAUCAAAACGGGAUUGUCUUUUUCGGUAUUUGCUUGAUCACAUUAUAAUAAUAGACUUUGGCACCUACUUAUUGUGAUAUAAGUGAAUAUUUUGUAACUGGAGUCCAAUUUGAACUGAGUAUUUUAUACCUGUCUUUUCUAUUUUUAGCCUCUAAAAGUGUAACUGUACUGUAAAAUAUAAACAUUUAUUAGUA